AUGUUAAAUACUGCAAAGCGAUACAAAUAUUCCUUACAUUUUCCAAAUUUUGCUACCGUGCGUUCAGACGGUACCUUAGGAGGACGUGUUCAUAAGGAGAUAAGGCUACCGUCGAAGCAGGCUACAUCAGCCUAUCGUCGUCUGACGCAUCCAACAUCAUUACCCAUAAGGAAACUUUUUUCAAACACUUUUCCUUUGUCAGUAAAGGAAUCUUUGCAUGACUUUGCAUGCAGACACAAUGUUUUUAAGUUUCAGAGUGAUCUACUAUCAGUCCUCCCUUUUUACCCAGAACAGGAUGAUCUCGGCAGAAUAUCUCGUGUUGUUCGCACUAUGUUGGACUGUGGAAACUAUAUUAACGAGUUUGUGAUUUAUCCAAAAGGUGCAAGUGAAAAUUCGAAGGACUUGAACCACUUGAUUAUGGUCCAUGGAUAUGGGAGUGGAUUGGGGUUGUAUAUUAAAAACUUCGAACAAAUUUCGAGGUCCAAGAAUUGGUGUAUACAUGCUAUCGAUUUGCUAGGUUACGGCUGCUCAUCGAGACCACCAUUUAGACCAGAAACACGUGACCUAAAUGGAGUUGAGAAAUGGUUCCAUGAUUCUUUCGAAGAGUGGUUAGUGAAAAGGAAUUUGGGCUCCGUAUCAAGGGAGAAGAUCUUGGUAGUGGCGCACUCAAUGGGAGCAUAUUUGAUGGCUUCUUAUAUUAUGAAGAAAAAAAAUUUCUGUAAAAAAUUGAUUAUGGCAUCACCAGGUGCCAUUAUCAAGCAUAGGAGGCAAAUAUUCGUCCCAGGCUACUUUGCAAAAUUGUGGGAACAGAACAUUUCACCCUUUUCCUUGAUAAGAAAUGCUGGUCCUUUAGGGUCAAAGCUAGUGAGUGGUUGGACCUCCCGCAGGUUUGCAAAAUUGCAUCCCAGUGAGAGAAAGUUAAUGCAUAAGUAUAUAUAUGGUAUUUUUCAGAGUCCUGGUUCUGGCGAAUACAUGUUAAACUACUUACUUGCUCCCGGAGCAGAUGCGAGGUCUCCUCUAAUAGAGCGGGGUGUUCAUAAAAUCAAUUGCGAGCUAUUAUGGUGUUAUGGAAAGGAAGAUUGGAUGGACAAAAAAGGUGGCGAGCUAUGCUCCAAUAUUAUAAAUAAUUAUCAUAGGGACCCAAAAAGGAGUACAGUUGUCGAAAUUCCAGACAGUGGUCAUCACCUUUAUCUUGAUAACUAUAAAAGAUUUAAUGAUUUAUUAAUUCAUGAAAUGCAAAAGUACAAGUAA